UAAGCUUAUAAUUUUAGAUAUGAUUGGUCUAAUAGGCAAGAACCAGACAAGCUUUUUGGGUGGAUUCAAAAGUCUGUUGAAUUUUUCUACUAGCCUGACAUUGAAUAAAUCAUGGAGAUUGAUAGAAUGUCGUAAAACAAAGAAAGUCACUAUUCCAGUAGCUGGCAAACCAAGAAAGAGUAAAUAUGUUCCAAAUAAACCUCCAGCUGUUCCUAUUUAUAAGUAUGGUCCUUCACAUAUAUUCAAACAAAGUAAUAGAGGUCUAUAUGGAGGUAAAUUCAUUAGAAGUGGGUUUUCUUAUAUUGAAAACGAUCACUCUGUUACCAAAAAUAGAAGAAAAUGGAAAUUGAAUGUUUUGAAAAAAAAACUAUGGAGUGAAACGUUAGGGAAAUUAAUUGAGGUCAAAGUUGUUGCAAGUGUAUUGAGAACAAUCGAAAAAGAAGGUGGAAUUGAUAACUAUUUGAUUAAAGAAAAAUCAGCAAGAAUAAAAGAACUCGGGCCAUUCGGUUGGCAAUUAAGAUAUCAAGUUUUACGAAGAAUGGAAUUUAUGAAAAAACCAAAUAAUUGUUUGGAAUUGCAUGAGAAUAAAGGAAAUAAAACUCCAAUCUAUUUCAAAGUUCCUAUCAAAGGUGUUGAACAAAAAAUAAAAGUUGGCAAAAGAAAAGUCUUAGCUAAUUUAUACCAUGCUGAAAAAAUCAAACUUAAAAGUGGGUUUUCAAGAACAGAAUUCACCCGCCAAAAUAGAGAUUUGUCAAUUGAAGAAUUAAUCAAAAAAUUGGAAAAGCUUAAAUUUGAUUUUAAAAAAAUUGUCGUUGAGACACCAACUGUAACUAAAAAUGGUGGUGAAGCCAAAAGUAAACCUAAGAAAAAACAGGCUAAUCUAAGGGUUUAAUAAAAGUGUUUUACCUGAGAGUCUGGCUGAAAUAUAAAUAAUUUUGUUUUAAAUAUUCUUUAUCGUUACUUUUGAGUAAAUCCAAUUUGCUUGUAAAUAGCAUUUUUAAGGAAAUCAGUUGUAGAUAUCUAUCGAAAU